ACCAGAUUCUUUGCCAGGCGCAGCAAAAAUUUCCAUCCAACCCAGGGAGAUGAGGCAAAGUAGCAGUGCAAAGUCUGAUCAGGUGGUCAGUCCUGGUGUAGGGCGGAUCAUUGUGACGGAAAAGAACGUUCCUGAAAAAGACGAUUUGUUGAUGUCUUACAUGACAGUUGAUCAUAGCAAAACAAUUCCAGUUAUCAUUGCUGAGCUACAUAAAAAUGCUGUUGAGUCGGUAGAAGAUGCUGUAGAGACUGUUAAUCCAGUGCAACAUCUACCUCCCCUUCCUUCAUCGCAAUGCACAGCUGCAGAACAGACCAAGGCAUGCAGUCUUAUAAAGGGGCCUCAGGGGAGAGUACCAGCGCAUCGUUGCAGCAAGUUGUCUCUGAGGAAACAUGCGGUGCAGAGACGGCUUGUGGUGAACUGCAACUCGUAUCACAGCCAUCCGAAGACAACCAGACACACAUUGUUAUGUUAUCUGGAGAUUCAGCAGCACAGUCAGGUGUAGUUAAACAGCAGGGAAAUCUACCAAAGGAAUCAGUGGAGGUAACUGACAUGUCAGAGCCACAUCAAGGACCAAGGGUACAAGAGGAAGUGGUCAACAUAUGUAGUGUUGAAACAGACAUUGCUCUUCCAGAACAUUCAGACAUGACUGGUCAAUCAUCACCCUCUGAAAAUCAGCACACACAGCAGGAGGAAAAAAUAACCAUUGCUGCUGCAGCUGAAAAAGAUGAAGCUACUAAUGUUCAAGCUGUCUCAUCUACAGACAAGGUUAAUGAAAGUGGUCCCACUUUCACAAAUGCACCAUUUACUGGGAAAGCUUCAGUAACUAGAGAGAACAGCUCACCUCUAGCCACUUCAUCCUAUACAGAUAGAAAGGGCAUAUCUUCUAUUAUAACAUUGGGAAGCUCACAGAAUAAGUUUUCUACCAGUGGUACCCAAACUCCUUACCAUCGAAAAAGUCCUGCUGAAGGAAGUGUCAUAACUAUCCGUGUCCAACCACCCAGCAUCAGCAGCCACUCGAGACCUGAUGAUCCACUGAGUUUGAAAAAAGAGAAAGAGGAGAUGGAGCCUGUGGAGGUGGUUGUCAGGGAUGAUGGGCAGGAGGAGAGUAGCAGUGGGGGUAGUGGGGAUGUGACAGAGGUCAGAGAGGUGAGCGCUACAUUGUGGUAAAUCUGCCCGAGGGGAGUACUGUCAAACAGCACAUCAUCCCUUCACGUGACAGGCUGGAGGAUGACCCAUCUUACUACAGUGUUGAUGAGGCAGGUGUGUUUACCUGUGUUACUUGUGACUAUAAGACGACAAAGAAAGCUAACUUCUACAAGCAUAAACGCAAACAUCUUGGCAUCCGACCUCACAAGUGUGGUGUGUGCAAUUACAGUGCUGCCACUAGCAGUAACCUCAAACGCCAUAUGGCUAUCCAUGCAGAUCUGCGCAACUACAAGUGUAGCAUUUGUAGCCUUAACUUUCGGCAAAAGAUCCACCUUGAGCGACACAUCAAGUACAGACAUGAGGAGAAAAAGGUCAAGUGUCCACUGUGCGAUUACAUCUGUGCUAAUGAGAACCCAGACCUGAAGGUGCACCUAAAGCGUAAACAUGCAUCGCAGGGAGAUGGAACUGGGGCAGCUGCUGCCUUCACCUGCAAGGAGUGUGGCAUUGUCGCCAUGAGCAAGCGUGACCUGCGACAGCAUGCAAAGUUUCACACCAAAGGUCCAGAACUAAAGUUAUUCUGUCAGAUGUGCAGUUUUGUGACUGACUGCGAGAGUCGUUUGCGUCGCCACAUGUUUAUCCACACCAAGGAGAAGCCAUUUCAGUGUGGCAUGUGUGACUAUCGAGGCUCACAGAAAGAACAUGUCCUUAGACACAUGCGCUCUGUACACAACAUUGAGAUUGUCCGGAAACAUCGGCCCCGAAAGGAGGGCCUGACUCACAGAGUGGGAGGUGAGGGAGAGACAUCUGGACAGAGACCACUUGACAAGGCUGAUUACUCAUCAGAUGAAAAAAUCUUUGCUUGCAAUCACUGCACAAUGAAAUUUGCGAAGCUUAUCAACCUGUAUAAGCACCUUCACACGCAGCACCGUGACAUCAUGCCUGCUGAACAAGGCUCAACUUUCAGUUGUGUGGUUUGUGAUUUUCGCACAUCCAGCAAAAAAAAUCUGCUGGUACACAUGCGGAAGCACAAUACGACUGACCAAUCACCACCAUCUCAUGUCUAUUCUUGUGUUCUUUGCCGCUACAUGAAUCCCAAACGACGCAACCUAUUCCAGCAUAUGCGCAAGAAACAUCAUAUUGAAAUUAUCUUGCGAGAUGAUGGUACAACGACCUGUUUUGUCACCAAUGACACAUUUAGCAGCACCAGUGUCAGUACGCUUCAACUUCAGAAUCCUUCCAAUGAUGUUAGUGACCUGGUACUGGGGGAGGUCAUCACCACAGUGUCACAGCAGACAGGUUCGAGUCGUGAUGAUGGAAGCCUGGAGACUGGCAAUAGUGCCGCCUCAUUGCCAGCCAUUGUCAAGAUGGAGGACUUGGCCAUGGUGGUCUCCAAUCCAGAAACAGCUGGUGUAGAAGGACCACUGAUUGUGGAUGCAGGGCCAGAAGUGGUGGAGGGACUCAGUGCACAGUCGCUAAGUCAGCAUGAAGCUGCAGAAGCCAUACAAGGCCUUCAGGCAUUGGCCCAGCACCGUGUCGUGGAGACGGACACUCUUGUGGAGGAACAGGUGCAGGUGAUGGGUUCGGACGAGCAGAACACAUUGGUGAUUGACCCCUCCACGCUGGGGGUGGUUGAACAGUUGGUUACGCCCAAGACUGAACCUCUGGAGGUAGUGGAGAUUGAGGAAAGCCAGUUGCUGGAGGACGUUACAGAGGCCACCACAAUCUCUGAAGAUGAUGCUGCCAUGCUAGGAGUUCCACCCUCCACCAUCUCAACCUUAACAGAGGAAGCGCCGGACGGCCUGCAGCUGUCUGCUGAACAGCUGAUGAGCCUGACAACUGGCGACUACCUGGAGAUCAACGGCGAGAUGUAUAAAGUAGAGGUGUCAAUGGAGGAGAACACUACUGGAAGCAUGCUAACACAUCAGGUUAUCAACAUCUUGCCAUCAGUAUGAUCUCCACUAUCACCCUGCAGUGUAGAACAGUUGACGUCUGGACCUUGAGUGGUACAUCUGUGUACAGUUGAGGAAGCUCAAGCCUGCAACCUUUAUACAGUAUCAUACAGGCACUGUCCAUAAAGAGGUUGUUGGGGCCUGUUCUUGAUUGAGUGGCAGGUUCAGUGCAAAACCACAGGAACAAGCACAACACUUGAGGGUGAUGGUGAUGUACCUGCACAUGUUUUUGUGCAAACUGUAAGGAUGGGACAUUGGAAUAGAUUUUUAUGGAAAGACUGAAUUCAUUUGUGUGCAGCACUUACAGAUCUGAGUACAGUUUGCACUUUUUCCUCUUGGCCUUUGUGGAGAGACAUCACUAGAAGUGCAUGAAUGUACACUCAAAGCAGCAUGUUAUUGAUAGUAUAACACACCACAGAGAACCCAUCAUGCUUCACAAGCGCCUUUCCCUGACUUUCAUUGGUUAUUUUAGCCACUUUUCCCAUUUACCUUAACUCUGUUGUCUUUGUGUUACCAGUGAUUUUAUUUUACUAAUGCUGGAGAGGGUUUUAUGGUGAAAAAAGAAAUUUGCAAAUUUCUUGGUUAAAAGUUGAAGCUUCAUUCAUUGUGGGAAGGCAGAGCUGUAUUACUACCAUAUGAAGGCUUCAUGUUCACUCUCUUAGGCAGUCUGCUGGAAAUGUGAUAACUGCCAUCUUGUGUCAGAAAAGAUUAGCUUUGAAGGUGGAUUGUUCUGCAUUUUCCAGUUGAAUGGAUAUAAUGUGCUCGAAUGAUGUCAAUACUUUAUUGGUCCAUGCAGAUAUUGAUAAAUAUGUUUUACAAUU